GGCUUCAAUUUCAAUUCGAGAAGAAGAUCUUGAAAGGCUUCCAGACAUUUUGCGAUCGAUCUCCUCGACACAAAUUCUGUUGAUGAGGAAGCAGGUGUUGUUCUACUGGGAGAACUACUUCAAGUCGAUGGAUCGUAUUGCGCUGACCAUCCUGCAAAUUAUCAAUGACAGAAUCUUUCCUUAUGCAAAACGAAACUAUGCUUCUUGGAACGAACCAAGUAGAGAAAAUACAGUCAGCCCAUUCUUUUUGCCACGAAUGCCCCCAAAAGCUGAAGGCUUCACUGCUGUUGUUUUGACUUACAAUAGAGUUGAGAGCCUUUUCAAGAUCAUCAAAGAAAUUUCAAAAACACCUAGUUUGAGCAAGAUACUUGUGGUGUGGAAUAACCAGGAAAUGUCUCCACCAGCUGCAAGUACCUGGCCUAAGGUUAAUAAGCCUCUGAAGGUGGUACAGACUAAAGAGAACAAACUAAGUAAUAGAUUUUACCCAUACGAUGAGAUCGAGACAGAAUGUGUACUGGCCUUGGAUGAUGACAUCCUGAUGUUGAAUCCAGACGAACUGGAGUUUGGUUAUGAGGUGUGGCGUGAGUUCCCUGAUCGAUUGGUUGGUUAUCCAGGUCGUCUCCAUUUAUGGGAUGAGGGAACCGGCAAAUGGAAAUAUAAUUCGGAAUGGACUAGCUCCAUGUCCAUGAUUCUCUCUGGUGCUGCUUUCUAUCAUAAGUUCUUCAACUUCCUGUACACCCAUCGAAUGCCCUCUGUCAUUAAAUCUUGGGUUGAUGAAAAUUUCAACUGUGAAGACAUUGCAAUGAACUUCCUUAUCAGUAAUAUAACGGGCAAACCACCGAUGAAGGUCACCCCUAAGAAGAAAUUCAAAUGCCCAGAAUGCAUCAACAACGAAAACCUAUCAGCUGAUCCAAAGCACAUGGAAGCGAGGUCCGAAUGCAUUUCAGAUUUUUCCAAGAUUUACGGAAUUAUGCCAUUGAAAAGUGUUGAAUAUCGAGCUGAUCCUGUCCUGCACUUAGACACCUUGCCACAGGAGUUGAAACGAUUUAAGGACGUUGGCGAUAUUUAAUGUAAUUUAAUGCAUUAUUUUGUACAGAUUUUUGUAAUAUAGUACUAUUUAUAUGAAAUAUUGAUCCUCAAUUCAGUAGCAUUUUUUAUAUAUUGUAAUAGAACUUAAUUGUAAUACUGUUAUUGGAGAUCAUCUUUGGUAUUUGUUGGAUAAAAUAAUGCUGCAGCAGUGGUGUUGUAGCCUGGUGGUUAAGAAGCUUGCUUUCCAAUAAUUAAGUCAUAUGAAUAAAACAACUCAGUUUAUGAAUUAUU